UCUUACUUCCAGAGGUUCCGCUGAGUUCUCAAGCUUUAAUUGUAACCCCUCCAAAUAAAUGAAGGAACACUGGAGAAAACAAAUAACAUCAAUAUGGAUACAUUUCCCAUAUCUUCAACAGACCUCAUGAAGACAAGUUGCUGUCAAGUAGAGGAAAACCAGUUCCGAUUAAAGCUCGGCCCAAUCCAUCCCCCUCGUCCUAGUUGAGCGACUUCAUCCCUCGGGUCCGAAGUGCGACAUCCUUUUCGUUUGUUGCUAGGGCGGCGUUGACCAUGGGCCGAUCCAAAGAUGGCUGGCGGCGGCGCAGUGUGUCGCCGUGCCCGCCCACCCGACGCCGGUGUCACCAUUGGCUGACUUUGCUGCCGAGCGGCCAUAAACGCUUCUUUUUUAAUCUGGCUCUUCACCGCCUACUUCCUGUUGCGGCCUCCUCUUCAUCCUCCUCCUCUUCGUCAUCUCCCCCAGUCCAGUCCAGUCGUCACGCCGACCUGCGGGAAGCAAGCGAGCAAGCGAGCCAGCCAGCCAGCCAGCCAGCGACAGACGCUGAACGACAAGAGCAGCCACCAUGUCUGAGAAGAAGCUAACGUCCAGUCGCCGACAUCAUCUGAAGAGUUUGAUGCUUCAGAUCGCAUUCAAUUGGAUCGAGCAGGAGAAGAUAGACUUGGAGGCGGCCAAGGAGGCUUACAUGGCCGAGACCUGCCCCAAACCGGACCUCAGCGGAGACAUGGCCAGCCUUCUGGAAAUCUGCAAGAAGAUUCACUCAAAUAUCGACAAGAUCGACGACACUCGCUACGACAUCGAAGCCAAAGUGCAAAAGAUGGACAUUGAGAUCCAGGACCUGAAGCUGAAGGUGGUGGAGAUAGCGGGCGUCAAGAAGCCGGCGCUGAAGAAGGUGCGCAUGUCGGCCGACGCCAUGUUGCAGGCCCUGCUGGGAGGCAAGCACAAGACCACCAUGGACCUCAGGUCCAACCUCAAGCAGGUCAAGAAGGAGAUCAAGGAGGAGCCCACAGAGGCGGCGGGCGACUGGCGCAAGAACAUCGAGGACAAGGCUGACAGGAAGAAGAUGUUUGAGACCUCCUAAAACGCAAACCAAUAAAUAUGUCAAACUUU